ACGAACACCGUUUCCCACCCCGCUCGCAGUUCCGCGAACCGGUCGUCCGCUCGCAAGCUUUUGCCGCGAUGCCCGAGCCCGAACAAGCAGCGCCGCGGGCCCGAGGCCGUCCACGUCCCACUCGCAGCUCCUCCAUUCCCGCGCGUCCGCUCCACCGCAACGCUCCGCGAACCCGUUCCCUUCAAAGCGGUCACCUCCUCCCCCGACCCCUCGCUGGCGUCGCCUCCCAUCUCCUGCCUGCCCUUCACCUCCUGUCCACCCUCCCCCUGUCGUUCCCGCAAUUCCGGCUCACAUGACCGUCCGGGCCGCGGCCGUGCUGGUGGCCACCGCCGCGCUCGCGCUCCUGCUCCCGGGAUGGGCGGCGGCGGAGUGGAGCCUCACGAAGAAAGGCAGCGUCGUCACCUACGAUGGGCGCUCUCUCAUGAUCGACGGCAAGCGGGACCUCUUCUUCUCCGGCGCCAUCCACUACCCUAGGAGCCCGCCUGAGAUGUGGCCGAAGCUGAUCGAGCGGGCCAAGGAGGGCGGCCUCAACACGAUCGAGACGUACAUAUUCUGGAAUGCACACGAGCCUGAGCCUGGCAAGUACAAUUUUGAAGGCAGGUUCGACUUGAUCAAGUACCUCAAGAUGAUCCAGGAGCAUGACAUGUAUGCAAUUGUGCGCAUCGGGCCCUUCAUCCAGGCAGAAUGGAACCAUGGUGGUCUGCCGUAUUGGCUUAGAGAGAUUGACCACAUAAUAUUCCGGGCAAACAAUGACCCGUACAAGAAAGAAAUGGAGAAAUUCGUGAGAUUCAUAGUGCAGAAGUUGAAGGAUGCUGAGUUAUUUGCAUCGCAAGGAGGACCCAUCAUUCUAACACAGAUUGAGAAUGAGUAUGGGAACAUAAAAAAAGAUCAUGCAACAGAUGGUGACAAGUACCUCGAGUGGGCAGCUCAAAUGGCCCUCAGCACACAAACAGGAGUUCCAUGGAUAAUGUGCAAGCAGUCUUCAGCUCCUGGUGAAGUGAUCCCUACAUGCAAUGGAAGGCAUUGUGGAGACACAUGGACACUUCGCGACAAAAACAAGCCUAUGCUUUGGACUGAGAAUUGGACUCAACAAUUCAGAGCAUAUGGCGAUCAAGUAGCUAUGCGUUCAGCUGAGGACAUUGCAUAUGCUGUGUUACGAUUUUUUGCAAAGGGUGGGUCAUUGGUUAACUACUACAUGUACCACGGAGGAACAAAUUUUGGAAGGACUGGCGCUUCUUAUGUGCUGACUGGAUACUAUGAUGAAGCUCCCAUGGAUGAAUAUGGUAUGUACAAGGAGCCCAAAUUUGGGCAUCUCAGGGACUUGCACAACGUAAUAAGGUCAUAUCAAAAAGCAUUCCUCUGGGGGCAACAUUCGUCUGAGAUAUUGGGUCAUGGGUAUGAGGCACACAUCUUUGAGUUGCCUGAAGAAAAGCUAUGCCUCUCUUUCCUUUCCAACAAUAACACGGGCGAAGACGGAACAGUGAUCUUCCGAGGGGAUAAGCACUAUGUGCCUAGCCGUUCUGUCUCCAUUCUUGCUGGGUGCAAGAACGUAGUUUACAAUACCAAGAGAGUGUUUGUACAACACAGUGAAAGGUCAUUCCAUACCUCAGAUGUAACAAGCAAGAAUAACCAGUGGGAGAUGUUCUCAGAAACGAUCCCAAAGUAUCGUGAUACUAAAGUCAGGACAAAGGAACCCCUGGAGCAAUAUAACCAAACCAAGGACGAUACUGACUACUUAUGGUACACCACAAGCUUUCGCUUGGAGUCGGACGAUUUGCCCUUUAGAAAUGACAUCCGGCCUGUGCUUCAGGUCAAAAGUAGUGCACACGCAAUGAUGGGAUUUGCUAAUGAUGCUUUCGUAGGAUGCGCGCGCGGAAACAAGCAGGUGAAGGGUUUCAUGUUUGAAAAACCGGUUGAUCUGAAAGUAGGUGUGAACCAUGUCGUAUUGCUGUCGUCAACUAUGGGAAUGAAGGAUAGUGGUGGUGAACUUGCUGAAGUAAAGGGCGGCAUUCAGGAGUGCCUAAUCCAAGGUCUCAACACUGGGACGUUGGAUUUACAAGUCAAUGGCUGGGGCCAUAAAGCUGCACUAGAAGGUGAGUACAAGGAGAUCUACUCAGAAAAAGGUUUGGGCAAAGUUCAGUGGAAACCGGCCGAGAACGACCGGGCAGCCACUUGGUAUAAGAGAUACUUUGAUGAGCCAGAUGGAGAUGAUCCCGUUGUACUUGACAUGAGCUCAAUGAGCAAGGGAAUGAUUUUUGUGAAUGGCGAAGGAGUGGGUAGAUACUGGGUCUCAUACCGAACUCUUGCUGGAACUCCUUCUCAAGCAGUGUACCAUAUCCCGCGUCCUUUCUUGAAAUCCAAGGACAACCUUUUGGUUAUCUUCGAGGAGGAGAUGGGCAAGCCGGACGGCAUCCUCGUGCAGACCGUGACGAGAGACGACAUAUGCCUGUUUAUCUCGGAGCACAACCCGGGACAGAUAAAGACGUGGGACACGGAUGGUGACAAGAUCAAGCUCAUUGCAGAGGAUCACAGCAGGCGGGGCACCUUGACGUGCCCCCCUGAGAAGACAAUCCAGGAAGUUGUCUUUGCCAGCUUCGGCAACCCGGACGGCAUGUGCGGCAACUUCACUGUAGGCACUUGCCACACUCCCAAUGCAAAGCAGAUCGUUGAGAAGGAAUGCCUCGGCAAGCCAUCCUGCAUGCUGCCGGUGGAUCACACAGUGUACGGCGCGGACAUCAACUGCCAAUCAACGACUGCCACGCUAGGGGUGCAGGUGAGAUGCGGAGGCGGCAAGAAGGGUGCCUGAGAACAAGACGGAUGCUGCUAAUUGACGUUUCAGCUCGUUUGUUUGUUCGUCCCUUCGGUUUGGCACUGAUGCUUAUGACCCAUUGGUCUGCCAUUGCAAUUGAAAUGUGGUUGGAACGUGCUUGAUCGGGAACUAACAUGAAAUGAGUGAAGGGUAGAUGCUGAUCUGAAAAAUAUGUGUGUUCCCCCCUCUUUCCUUCCAUGUCGUGUUGUUUCAGGUAACCGUCACAAUAUAUAUAGGUGGUCCCCUUUGGAAUCCGGGGAUUAUUCCGUUUGCUGUAUUUUUUUCUGUGAAAAUGAACUGAUUCCUGUCAAUUUUCUAUAUGAUUUAUGAUUCAUCUGAAAUUCCUGAGACC